AUGGACGGAGGCGCCGAACAAAAAAACCUGCAGAAUGUGACGGAUCCACGCCACGUUGUCAUUUCGGUACAGCAGACCGACCGACCGACCGACCGCUCGCCAACCAACCGGCAGCCCUCAGCGUUGCCCUCGGACACGGAAACCAUUGACGCGAAUUCUGGUUGCCUUCUGCCUGCCGUUGGGGCAAAAAGGGUACAAGGUCUAUUCGGCUGCGAAACUGUUCUACCCCACCUCGACUGGUACACUUUUGACACGGAAACACUGACAAAAUGUCUCUUCUACACUUUGACUCGACACAACCUGUCGCUGGGGUAA